AUGGCCUCCAGCACAAGACUUCUCCGCAGCAUAUCGGACCAUGGCCGGCUUCCUGAUGCCGUUCAGCAGGCCAGGGAAAGGCUCCUUCAUAGGCUCAACAGCGUGGACCUGUCAGGAAGAAGGCAAAAGACAUGGCCCUCGGAAUCAUUCUGGGCUGGACUAACUCGCCCCGCUGACGCCGGUGUGUCCACCUCUUCGGACAGCAUCCUGGGCAGUCUAACCAAGUGCUUCCAGCCCGGUGAACCCGUCGCAGCCAGCAAGGUUGAAGAAGGCACGGUGGAGCCUGUCGUCGUCCCUGUCAUCACUAACGCAGAUGAGUGUGUGCUGAUCACAGUGUUCCCCAAACCGGUCUCUGAGCUGCAGGAAUCAGCAGCCUGCAAGGAAGCAGAAGGCGGUCAAGCCGCGGAAGCUUCUUCUCCAGCUGAGUGCUCCAUAUGCCUGGAGAGGUGCGGUGACUCAGGUGACGGGCUCAUCCAGCUGCGCUGCAGGCACAUCUUCCACUCGGCCUGCCUGGAGCGGUGGCUGCGGUCCCGCGCCGACUGCCCCUACUGCCGCGCCACCGUGCGAGUUUGCUCCUAA